AUGUUUGCCUGUGCUCCUUCGCUGUACCAACACCCUCGCACUGGCCUCUUCCCCCCUCACCCACUCUUCCUCCUCCUCCUCCUCCUCCUCCUCCUCCUCCUCCUCCUCCUCCUCCUCCUCCUCCUCCUCCUCCUCCUCCUCCUCCUCCUCCUCCUCCUCCUCCUCCUCCUCCGCCUGCACAGGUACUGGACAGUGGCACAGCAAGUGGCACAUCACACCAUCAACGGUUGCCCGCUGCGGCCGGGCGACCUGCUUGCUUCAGGCACCAUCUCCGGCCCUGUGGAGGGCAGUGAGGGGUGUCUGCUAGAGCGCACACAGGCAGGCAAACUCACUCUGGAGCUCUCCCCUCAAGGAUGUACGGUUGCAGACGACUCUUCCCAAGCCUCCAACCGAAGCUUAACCCGGGGGACUGUCCACCGAACGUACCUGGAGGACGGGGAUGAGGUCAUCAUGACGGCUACCUGCCAGUUGCCAGAUGGUGUGAUGAUUGGUUUUGGAGAGUGCAGGGGUGUAGUGCUUCCUUCGACAUUUGUCACUUCGCGUGGUAGCUCUGAACUAGGUGAAGUGGCUGUAUUGACCCCUGAGGAUACUUUAGUCCCUCCAAUGGAGGGUUGA